AUGUCAGACUCUAUCUUUGCACAUAAGGCAUCACAGGACUUGAUUCAAAUCAACGUCCCUUCGAUUGAACGUCCAUUUGGAAUUUACUUGUGGCCUAUAUUCAACAAGGUUUUCGAAUUAGGUAUUGGGUAUCCAGCCGAUGAGUUUGAGUUUAUUUACCACAAGACAUUCUUGGCUAAUGGGGUCCAUGCUAUAAGUAUAAUUAUAGUUUAUUAUAUUGUCAUAUUUGGUGGAAGAGAGGUUAUCAACAAGUUUAAAUUGCCAGCUUUGAAAUUGAAUUUCUUGUUUCAGUUGCACAACAUCGUUCUCACUUUGUUAUCGUUGAGUUUGUUGUUGUUGUGCAUUGAACAAUUGGUGCCAAUGUUGUAUCACCAUGGAUUGUUUUAUGCUAUUUGCGAUCAAGGUGCAUUUACGCAAAAGUUGGUUACUUUGUACUAUUUGAAUUAUUUGACCAAGUUUUUGGAAUUGAUUGAUACGGUGUUUUUGGUAUUGAAGAAGAAGAAGUUGUUGUUUUUGCACACCUAUCACCAUGGAGCCACUGCAUUGUUGUGUUAUACUCAAUUGACUGGGUCCACUUCUGUUGAAUGGGUGCCAAUUACGUUGAAUUUAGCCGUGCAUGUUGUCAUGUAUUGGUACUACUUCCUUAGUGCUAGAGGUAUUAGAGUGUGGUGGAAAGAGUGGGUCACUAGAUUCCAAAUUAUUCAAUUUGUGCUUGAUUUAGGGUUUGUUUAUUUUGCAACUUAUACCCAUUAUGCAUUUGCAUAUUUCCCAAGCUUGCCCCAUAUCGCAAACUGUCAUGGAAGUGAAUUGGCUGCUGCUUAUGGAUACUUGAUCUUGUCUUCAUAUUUGGUGUUGUUUAUCAGUUUUUAUAUCAAAGUGUACAAAACUAAAGGUAGCAAGAAGGCUGUCAAGGCCGAUGAAGUUGCUAAAGCAGCUGAAGAAGCAAUCAGUGGCACUAGUUCUGGUGUGAGUACCGGUGCUAAAAAGGCUGAAUCAAGAAAAGCUUAA